CUUAAGACCGAGAAUCCCACUCCAUCGUCCCGCCCCAGCCCUCCCACGGCUCCCCGCCGCCGCCGCCGCCGCUCCCAAGACCACGACAUGAGCCAGACCCGCUGGGCCGGGAAGAGGACGGAUAUGGUCCCCGAGAUCGCUGCUGCCGUGGGUUUUCUUUCCAGCCUCUUGAGGACGCGGGGCUGUGUGAGUGAGCAAAGGCUCAAAGUGUUCAGCGGGGCUCUCCAGGAGGCACUCACAGAGCACUACAAGCACCACUGGUUCCCCGAGAAGCCAUCCAAGGGCUCUGGCUAUCGGUGUAUCCGCAUCAACCACAAGAUGGACCCCAUCAUCAGCAAGGUGGCCAGCCAGAUUGGACUCAGCCAGCCCCAGCUGCACCAGCUGCUGCCCAGCGAGCUUACCCUGUGGGUGGACCCCUAUGAAGUCUCCUACCGCAUCGGAGAGGAUGGGUCCAUCUGUGUCCUGUAUGAGGAGUCCCCAGUGACUGCCUCCUAUGGGCUCCUCACCUGCAAAAACCAAAUGCUGCUGGGCCGGAGCAGUCCCCCCAAGAACUAUGUGAUGGCCGUCUCCAGUUAGACCCUUCACUCGCCAACAGGCCUCUGCAUACCUCAACCUGGGGACUGUAUUUUAAAUGAAGAGCUAUUUAUAUAUAUAUUAUUUUUUUUUAAGAAAAGGGGAGGAAAACAUAAAAACCAAAAGAUUUUUAUUUUAAGAAAAAAAAAUUCCUUAAAGGGAGCUGCUCGAAGUAGCCUCCCCAGGUGCCUUUGGAGAGAAAUUGUGGGCUUGAGUCUGGAUGCUAGUGUUGGCUUAUGGGAAGGGCUGGUGGUUUGGGGGUGCGCCUGGCCAAUGUGGGAGAAGCUGAGCCUGUAUCCCAGGGAGAUUUUAGGGGAGUUGGCAAGGUUAGCAACUGUGAAGGAGUGGUCAGGCCCUGGAGGGAGAGGAAGGGUCUGUCUGUUCUGGCCUCUUUCCCGAUCAGGGCUCUGCUCACAGCCCCCUCACUCAGGGCAUUCAAGCCCAGGCUUACACCGUCACCAGCUGCCUCAUCUUUUUUUUUCUGGUGAGAUCCUGGGCCGAGCUGGGGCUGGUGAGCCUCUCCUUAUUCCCUCAGUCCUAAAGCAGUUUUUCUGGAAAUCAGGGCUUGUUUGGAAUUCUGUCCUCAAGGGCCCUAGAGGCAGCUUCCCAGCCUGGAAUCUCAAGUGUGUCUGGACUCGGGGAGGUGGAGCUGAGCCUGGUGGGUGAGGAGGGUGAAGGAGGUUCUCCAAAACCACCCUUUGCUUUGCUGCAUGCUGCUCUGCUGUACAUCUUUGUGGAGAAGAACUGGAAGGUGAUUUGCAACAGAAUUUUGGGACCCAAAGAAUAUCCACCGGGGAAGUGUUAAUCAUUUUUGGCCAAAAUUUCUUUUGAAGCCACAUGAAAGUCCUGAUGCCAUUGGGCUUCUAUACUGCCUUCUCUUUAAAAGCACAACACUCCCCUAACUCUGUGUUUCCUCUGUGGAGAUUCAGAGUAGCUAGACCCAGGACCAGAAUUUUCAAUCACUGUGCAAUAUGGUCUGGGGUCCCAGCAGGCUCUGGACUACCUGGGAUUCCCUUGGGUUGGGCUGUCUUCCUCUCUCAACUAUGGCUGGCUGGUCAGCUCUUUGGCUAUGUGGGAGAACACACCAAGUCUGAAAGACUACUUGGUAACUCCUGUAGCCAAACCUUGGGCAUUGUCUCUCCCAGGUGCUCAGCAUCUGUGGGCAAGGUUACUGUCCCUUUAGUACAAUCCAAAUUUGUCUAUUAGACUUGUGCAAUAUUUGCUGUUGUGUGUUGGAAAAAGGGGGGAAAAAGGCAAAACUCCACUGGGAAAAAAAAUCUUCCAUUUCUCAGUGGUAUAGGUGAUGGGUCCCGAGAAGACAUUGAGCAUCCUGAACCACCUUAAGGGCUUUGCUAGAGCAUCUGGUCAACCUGUGUACCCUGCUAGUGAGAAAACCUUCCUCAGCACUUCUUCCUGGGGUCUCUCCCUGCCUUUCCUCACUACUCAAUUCUGACUCAAAGGUGCUAUUUACCAAACUCCCUACCCAUUCCCACCAAUUCCACCUCCCUUCCAACUCUCCAGAUUCCAGGCUGCCUUCCCUGAUUUGUCUCCGUUGCUUUAACUUUAAUAUUGCACCUACAGAUCCGACUUCAAUUUUGAGCCUGUGGGUUACAACCAAGCUGUGAAUCGCUGCAGUUGUGUCAUAGCAUUUGCAAACAGGUUCCUGGCGCUUUUUUUUAGCCUCAUGUUUUCCUUGAUUUGUCUCUCCUGUUGACUUUAAAAACAAAACACACCUAGAGCUGGACUGUUGAGCAGGCCUGUCUCUCUUAUUAAGUGAUAAUAGUAGUACAUUUGUAAGCUAUUCUGACUGAAAAGACAAAAGGUUACUAAUUGUAUGAUAGUGUUUUAUAAGGAAGAUGCACAGCUUUAUGGACAGAUGUGUAAUUUUUUUUUUGGUACUUUAAUAAAAAUGUAGCAGAUGCA